AUGUCUGACAAAAUCAAGACUUCUGAACUUGAAGAUAUCCAAGUAUUGUCCUCGGAAGACUUCUACAGCAAAGAUGCGAGAACCACGUCUGUAAAGGGAUUCCAUCUCCUGAAAAAAAUUGAGAGCGGCGGAUUUGGAAUUGUAUUUCUUGGAGAGCACAAGAAUAAUGAUCAGUUGUUUGCAAUAAAAAUUGUGAACAAGUGGAAGCUGAUGAAACCAAUCUUCCAAGAAUCGGUGAAAAGGGAGUUGAGAGUUCAUAAAGAACUCGACCACCCUUUCAUCAUCAAGAUGAUGGCAGCAUUCCAAACCCCCACAAGAAUCUGUAUGGUCCUGGAGCUGGCUUCUCAAAUCAGUAUGGCAGAGCUUCCUGAGAUUCUCCCAAAGGAAGAUAUCAAAUACUGGCUGGCAGAAGUCUGGCAAGGACUAGAUUUCCUUCAUGAAAAAUCCAUCGUGCACCGGGACAUCAAAAAAGAGAAUAUCCUUCUUGCGACUGACGGUCACGUCAAAAUCGGAGAUUUUGGAUUCGCCAGAGAUGACAUGGAGAAGGAUACAAAAGCCUUCGAAGUCGUUGGUACAGCAUUUUGCAUGUCCCCGGAAAUGUUCAAGAGGGCUGGAUACACCCGUGCCACCGAUAUUUGGGCGUUUGGAGUCCUGGCAUUGGAGCUGAUCACCAAUGAAAAUCUUUUUGGGACUGGCGAUCAAAAUGAAAUUGCUAGUAUCCUCAAAAAGAUGCAAAGCUGCGACCAGUUGGAAUUCCCCAAGAAUCUCAGAGGAAAAAAGCUGGACUUUGUGAAAGGAAUGCUCCAGUUUGAAGAAAACAGAAUGAGCUUGAAUGAGGUUCGAGCCCACCGAUUCUUCUGUGGAGUCAAAUGGGACGCACUUCUGGACUACACUUUUGAAGGAGCUCCAUAUCAUUUGCCAGAAAAAAAAGAUUGCAACACGCCAAUCAUUCUGGAGGAGCCAACAGUUGCAGUUUCGCUUGUAUUCGACGAUUUUGAAUUCAGCAAUUUGUUCAAUCCAAUUCAAGAAAUCUUCAAGGUCCUGUUCCCUUAUCUCAUCGCCGACACACUGCCACACCAAUCAAUCUGA